GACCCCCCAGUGCUGCUGCUGGAGAACGUCCUGGACUCCUCCGAAUGCGCGGCCUUCGUGGAGUCGAUGCGCUCGGAGGAUGGGACCUUUCCGGAACGCCUGGGACAGGCCAACCUGGACGUGCCACCUGGUGAAUGGCCCAGCUGGCUGGGCCCGCUGCGCACGGCCUUCCGGGGUGUCCCUGUGUUGGACUGGCUGGGCAAUCCGACGGUGCGGUGGACGUACCGAAGCAGGUGUUUGUUGGACAGUUUCCUCCAAAAGGUGCGCGAGAAAUGCGGUUUGGAUACCUCCUUCGGCCAAGCCAAUAUCAAGCACUACCGAAAGGACAGCUGCAAUCCCUUGGAUGCCUUGGCUCAUGGCGAACAGUGGCUGCCCGUACAUAUCGACUACAACAGGGCGACGAUGCUGACGUAUUUGAACGACGUGGGCACCGGUGGGCACACGCUCUUCCCCACCCUGGGCAUCAAAGUGAAACCAGCGAAGGGCAGCGCGUUACUGGGAAGCGCAGGUUGUGGCUAG